CGCCUUUGCGCACGCUGCAUGCUGGAAACUGUAGUCCUCAUUCUUUCAUUUCGUUCUUAUCGUCUGUCCCGUGAAAGAUGCCGGCUGUACAUCACAAAUUAUUACUCGAGGACGCCCUGCAGGACAGUCCGCAGACGCGCUCCCUGCUCAGUGUGUUUGAAGAGGAUGCUGGGACGCUCACAAACUACACAAACCAGCUGCUCCAGUCUAUGCAAAGAGUGUUUGGAGCUCAGAAUGAAAUGGCCUUGGCAACAGAACAGCUUUCUAAGCAGCUCUUGGAAUAUGAGAAACAGGACUUUGCUCUUUCAAAAGGAGAUGAAGAGGUCAUUAACACCCUGCAGCAGUUUGCCAGAAGCGUAGAAGAGUUGAACUCUCUGCAUGCUGAACUCGCCACUCAGAUUGCGGAAAAGAUGGUGUUUCCCAUGGUGCAAUUCAGAGAGAAGGACCUUACAGAGAUCAGCACACUAAAGGAGAUAUUCGGCAUUGCCACUGAUGAGCAUGAAGCUGCCAUGGUGAAAUACAGUCGUUUACCUAAAAAGAGAGAAAACGAAAAGUUGAAAGCAGAGGUGGUGAGAGAUGUGGCAUAUUCCCGCAGAAAACAGCAUCAAGCAGCUCUGCAGUAUUAUUGUGCUCUGAACGCACUGCAGUAUAGGAAAAAAGUGGCCAUGCUCGAACCCAUGCUAGGAUACACAAAUGCUCAGAUAAAUUUCUUUAAGAAAGGUCUAGAGCUGGUUUCUAAGAAGAUGGACAGUUUUCUUACCUCAGUUUCCAGCAUGAAUGAAAGUAUUGAGUCUCAGUUAGAUAUAGAUGCAGAGGUCAUGCGUUCAUCUCAGAGAGAGCUCCUCUCCGCGGAUGACAAUGUUUACACGCCGGAUUAUAGUCAAGCCCCCGUGAACCGAGCCCUUAUCCAGAAAGCCGGUUACCUCAACAUCAGGAAUAAAACAGGCCUGGUGACCACAGCGUGGGAUCGGUUGUUUUUCUUCACGCAGGGCGGUAAUCUGAUGUGUCAGCCGCGAGGAGCCAUCGCAGGUGGGAUGGUUUUGGAUUUGGACAACAGCUCCGUCAUGGCUGUGGAGUGUGAAGACCGGCACUACUGCUUUCAGAUCACCUCACCCAAUGGCAAAACGUCUCUGAUUCUUCAAGCUGAGAGCAAAAAGGAGUAUGAAGAGUGGAUUUGUACCCUUAACAACAUUUCAAGACAAAUAUAUCUGACUGACAAUCCUGAGGCUGUGGCCAUCAGAAUGCAUCAGACAGCACUUCAGGCAGUGACCCCCAUCACCAGCUUUGAAAAGAGAGCUGAAGGUUCUCCAAACCCUGAUCGAGCUAAACCUGGUGCCGUGGCUCCCGUGGUGUCUCAGAAGGCCCCUGCAGUUUACGAGCCUGAAGAUUUGAUCGCCCCGGGAACCCCGAUCCAGUUUGACAUUGUGUUGCCCGUCUCCGAGUUCUUGGAUCAGAACCGAGCUGGAGCGAGACGCACAAACCCCUUCGGUGAAACGGAGGAAGAUGACAGCGGAUCAGACACACACGAUUCGCUCCUUCAGCAGGUGUUUGCUGUGAGGUUCUUAGGGUCCAUGGCCGUCCGUGCUGGUCACACACAGGAAGUGAUUUAUGAAGCCAUGAGGCAGGUUCUCGCCGCUCGAGCGAUCCACAACAUUUUCAAAACGACAGAGUCUCAUAUGAUGGUGACCAGUAACUGCAUCAGAUUGAUCGAUCCACAGACUCAAGUCACCAAAAUCUGUUUUCAGCUGAAGGACAUCUCACAGUUUGCAGCCCAUCAGGAGAACAGCAGACUAAUGGGUUUCGUGUUGGAAGGGACAGACUGGAGUAAUGGAUCUGAUGGAGAUCCUUCAUUCAGCGUCUUUGUGUUUGAGAGCAACACUGAAGGAGAGAAGAUCUGCUACACAAUCAACUUGGGAAAGGAGAUCACAGAGGCAAAGAAGGACCCUGAAGCAUUGGCCCAGCUGAUGAAGUCGAUGCCUCUGACGAACGAUGGGAAGUUUUUGCUGUUGGACAAUGAGACGAGAGACACUACAGAUGGACUCUGGCAGGAUGACCUGGAGUCAGAGGCCUGAUCUCAUAUAAACACGCACGCAUCUCACACGGCUGUUUCUUCUGUCCUGUCUGUAUUCAGCCGAUCUCCAAACACACUACAUGAAGAAAUUAAACGGCACUUAUUCUCCAGCACUCGUCUAGUUUAGAUACGAUGAAUGCUGGUUUAAAUUAAUCAGAUGUUUACACGGUAAAGGGUUAAUUCUCCCUAAGCGAGUUACGUCAGAGAAUGCAAAGCUAGCAAAUAAGAAAAAUAAGAAUAUAGCGCAUGAAUGAUAUGGCCUACUGUUCAAGAUGCUUCCAUUUUAUUCGUUUUGUGUUUAGUGGAAGAAAAUUGUGUGUUUAGAACGAGAGAUCAUACAUUUUCCGGUUAACUGUUCAUUUAAAUCGGCAAUCUGUAACUUUUGCCUCUAUUUCCACAUCUCUGGUUGAAACAUAAAAUUGCAGGUUGAUUGAGAGGUUUUUUUCUUAUGCGAGUACAAGUCAACUGACAGGUUAAAUGAAAAAAAUAUUAUAAUAAGCUUACCAGUGUGAAAUCAAGUAAGAUAAGGAGAUGCUUGCUUUUAAACGCCUGCUCAAUUAUGUGAUUUUUGUUUGUUUUUACCCCAAAAAGUU